CACGACGGACAUCGGAAAAGAGGAGAGCAAACGAGAUCUGUAACCUGCCCGUCGAUCUUGGAGUGUGCAGAGCAUUCGUAGACCGCUUCUACUUUGACGUCAGGAAUGGAACCUGCAAAUCCUUCGUAUACGGCGGGUGCCGCGGAAAUGAAAAUAAUUUCGAAACCGAAGAGGCAUGUCUUGAGACAUGUGCUUAG